AUGGCAUUUAUGUUGGCAAUUCUGUGCUGCACCUUUUCUGCGUUGGGCUCAUUUCUCUUCGGUUAUGAUUCCGGUAUCAUAUCUUCUAGUGUAGCUCAAGAAGACUUUCGCCGUCGCUUUGAAAAUUCUUUGAGUGACCCAGCUGUUGGCGGGAUUAUUGCUUCGUUCACAGGAGGUGCCAUGAUUGGAUCCGCGGCUGUAUCAUUAAUAUCCGACACCUUUGGGAGGAGAAAUGCGCUGCUUGCUGGGGGCAUAUUAGCCGCGUGUGGAGCUGCUCUUCAAGGGGGAGCAAUUUCCAUUGCCAUGCUCAUAGCCGGCCGAUUUAUUGCAGGUUUGGCAAUCGGACUCCUCUCCGCCACAGUUCCUGUUUACUGCUCCGAGGUCGCGCCAUUCCGGAUACGAGGCCUUUUGGCCGGAAUGCAACAGUGGAUGAUAGGAUGGGGAUUCGUGGUCGCCCAAUGGGUUGGCUACGGCUGCUCUCUAAUAACUGGUUCUUUCUCGUGGCGAUUCCCACUCUCGUUCCAGGCGGUGCCAGCUGUUUUUCUAGUGGCUGCGACUGCCUUCCUCCCCGAAAGCCCACGCUGGCUUAUCGAACAAGAAAAGCUGGCCGAAGGCCAUGGGGUCCUUCGUCGUCUCCGGGCGAGCCAUGAUGAUCCCCGCUCUCUCGAAGCCGAAUUCCUGCAGAUCCAAAGAGGUAUUGCCCGAGACCGGCGCUCAGUGGUGAAAUCCUGGCCUGAGCUCCUUCGAUGCCCUGGCUGGCGUCGCCGUCUCCUCCUGGGUGCCACAAUUCAAGCAUCCACCCAAUGCUCCGGCAUCAAUGUAAUCAACUACUAUGGGCCACACAUCUACGCUGCCCUCGGCUUCGAGACAUCCCGCUCCCUUAUGAUAAUCGGAGUCUCUGGUGCCUUAGCACAAGCAUGGAACACCCUUUGUCUCCUCGUCCUUGAUCGUAUUGGGCGGCGGACACUUCUGAUUCCAUCCCUCAUCGGAAUGGGCGCAACUCUCUGCGUCGAAGCAACCCUUUUUGAAUUUUUCAACCCAGAGACUUCACGAAAUGCUAACGCACUGCGCGCACAAGUAGCUAUGUACUUUGUAUUCUCGUUAUUCUUCACGUCCCUGGGGGUGAUAUCGUGGAUUUAUCCCUCUGAAAUCUUCCCGACAGCGAUCAGGGCGCGCGGAACGUCUGUGUCCACGUUUGUCAACUGGAGCCUGAAUCUAGUUUUUGCGCAGUGUUCGCCGAUUGCGCUGUCGCGAUUGAAAUACCGGUAUUUCUACUGUUUUAUGGCGUUCAACUGGGUUGGUGCAGUGAUAGUGUGGAUAUUCUUCCCAGAGACACUAGGAAAGACGUUGGAAGGGGUUGAAGAAGUUUUUGAGGGACAACAAAAUAAUGAUGAUACUGCUUUGGAAGCCCACUCAUGUACUGAAAAGGGUAACAGGAUAAUGUCGGAGAGGAAACGUAUCGAUUCAUUGUGA